AUGCAGUCAAACGAGGGGUACCAAUUCGACGGUGGUCCCAAUCAAGGGCCGGGGCAAGGACAAGGCCAAGGACUCCCUGCUGGCUCACGUCUCAACCAGUACUUGGCAAACAAUAGCAGACAAGCAUUGCUUACAGGACCGUCGUUUGGACCGGGGACCCCAAUCAAUGUUAACGCACCCAUAUUUAUUCCUAAACAUCAGCAACCACAACCACCUCCACCACCGCCACCUGCUGUGAAUCAGUUUGCCCAGCUAGCAAUUCAUGAUGUUCCUGUUCAAAUGAUACCGUUCAACCAAAUCAACGCGGGACCACAACAUUAUGGACCACCUCCACAUAUGAGUCAUAGACCAUCAAUGCAACAUCAUCACCCGCAACCGAUGGCACCUCCACCUCCUCACGUGCAAGUACCCUAUGAUCGGUAUCAUCAGGAGAGUCGAGGCGGAACGACUUAUUUCUACAAUGAACCAUCAGACCAACCACUGGACGCAGAGCAUUACCACGAAGUUGAUGGUAAUGAAGGAGGUAUUGUCGUGAACACAUCCGGCGUUUUUUGCUACAAUGCGCCGCUUCCGUUGGCCCACAUGACACGGUUUCGAGGGAAACCGAACUCCACCCAACAAACGCAGUUCAUUUCUCCUGAGCUACGAAUGGAACUGCUCAAUCGACAACUUGCUUUUGACACCAAAGUCGAUCCGAACCUUUAUCCAGAAAUUCCUCAAAAUGUGGAGCAUUUCACCAAUCUAGUGCCGUUGGAGAAUACUGGAAUGCAAAACCAAUCACAUUCCACUUACAAAGCGAUAUCCUGUCGUGAUGGGAAUUUCUAUUGCCUGCGACGAAUUCAUGGCAAUCGAAUUCAGCAGCCAGGCAAGCAAACUCACCUAGUCGAGCAGUGGAAAAAGCUGGUGCACGGAAACAUUGUCCCCCUUCGAGAAGUUUUGCUCAACUGUCGUGCAUUCGAAGAUUAUUCAUUAAUUUUUGCCUAUGACUAUUAUCCGUUGGCUGAAACGUUAAUGACAAAACAUUUCGAUCCAAAAAACGUUACGAAUUUCUACGAUCCGGCCAAUAACUUCCGCAUAACAUCUCCAAUGGGUGUUCCUGUUAGUCUUGGUCCAUCUGGAGCCAACGAAACAAUGAUUUGGAGUUAUAUUAUACAAAUCGCCGCUGCACUUCGAGCAAUUCAUGCAAGUGGUCUUGCUUGCCGAACGCUUGAUCUCAAUAAGAUCAUCUGUUAUGGAAAUAAGAUAAUGCUGUCGUUCUGUGGAAUUGCAGACGUCCUCGAUCCAGAUUCAACACCUAUCCAACAACAACAGAAUGAAGAUUUAAACAUGUUCGGGAACAUUAUCGUGUCUCUCGCAACCGGGCGUGCUAACGCUUGGAGGAAAGACUUGUAUCCACAGUCCAAAAAACUGAUCGACGAAAACUUUUCUAUCGAUUUAAGAAAUGUGAUAGGGUUCCUGCAUAACAAUGGCUCUCGAAAAACUAUCAAUGAGAUCAUGCCGAUGAUUGGCGGUCGAUUUUUCACCGUAAUGGAGAACAUGCAAGCAAAGACUGAUGUACUGGAAGGCGAACUGAGUCGAGAGAUGGAAAACGGCCGACUGCUUCGUCUUCUCGCAAAAAUGAAUACAGUACUGGAGAGAGUCGAAAACGGUACUGAAGAAGGAUGGUCAGAAACUGGUGACCGAUUCAUGUUGAAGUUGUUCCGAGACUAUGUAUUCCAUCAAGUUACGGAUCAAGGAAGAGCAUGGCUCGACAUGGCUCACAUUGUGCAGUGCCUCAACAAACUCGAUUGUGGAACACUGGAAAAAAUUGAGAUGGUCGCUCGAGGCGGCGAUACUCAGAUCAUCAUAGAUUAUGCCACUUUAAAAAAGUGUCUCGAGAAGUCAUAUCGUGAACUAAUGGGCAACACUAUGAUGAUCGUUCAUCGUUAG